ACCUUAUUUAUAACUUAAAGCACCGAACUUUAGUCCUCUGAGAAGCCCGCAGUCACUUAAUGGCCGACAGGACGCCGCCACCCGCACCUCCGUCGCUGCUGAAGUCGCCGGAGUACCGCAAACCACUCCUCCUCGGCCGCUACGAGGUCGGAAAACUUCUCGGUCAAGGUAACUUCGCUAAGGUAUACGUCGCCCGCAACGUCCGCUCCGGCGAGAGCGUCGCCAUUAAAGUUAUCGACAAGGAGAAGAUUCUCAAAGGCGGGCUCGUCGCUCACAUCAAGCGCGAAAUCGCGAUCCUCAGCCGCGUUCGCCAUCCCAACAUCGUCCAGCUCUUCGAAAUCAUGGCCACCAAAGCCAAGAUAUACUUCGUCAUGGAAUAUGUGCGCGGCGGCGAGCUGUUUAAAAAGGUCGCGAAAGGUCGCCUUCGAGAGGACGUUGCGAGGAAGUACUUUCAGCAGCUUGUUUCUGCGGUUGCUUUCUGCCAUGCGCGAGGGAUCUAUCAUCGGGACAUCAAACCAGAGAAUCUUCUUCUGGACGAAAAUGGCGAUCUUAAAGUUUCCGACUUUGGUCUCAGCGCGGUGUCAGAUCAGAGCCAGAAAGAUGGUCUUUUUCACACCUUUUGCGGCACGCCGGCUUAUGUUGCGCCGGAAGUUUUGGCCCAGAAGGGCUACGAUGCCGCAAAGGUGGAUAUUUGGUCAUGUGGAGUAGUUCUCUUUGUUCUCAUGGCUGGUUAUCUUCCAUUUCAUGAUCAGAACAUUAUGUUGCUGUAUCGGAAAAUUUAUAAAGGGGAGUUCCGGUGUCCUAGAUGGUUUUCAACGGAGCUCACUCGGCUCGUCCUGCGUCUGCUUGAUGUAAACCCUAGCUCUCGGAUUACCAUUCCGGAGAUCAUGGAGAAUCGCUGGUUUAAGAAAGGGUUUCGUCAUGUGCGGUUCUAUUUCGAAAAUGAUCGUUUUUACAGUCUGGAUGACAUCGAUAAGCCGCCGGAGGAACCACCGGAGGAACCGCCGGAGGAGCCAUUGGAACCCGAAUUUGCUUCGAAGAGGAAAGGAUUGGGUUUGAGGAGGCCGGCGAGUCUUAAUGCGUUUGAUAUAAUCUCAUUCUCUCCGGGUUUUGAUCUUUCGGGUUUGUUUGAGGAAACAGGGGAGGAGAAGAGAUUUGUUUCCGGCGAGCCUGUGUCUGUGAUUGUGUCGAAGUUAGAAGAAAUUGCGAUGCUUCUGAGCUUUACAUUCAGGAAGAAGGAUUAUUUGGUGAAUUUGGAGGGGAAUAAGGAAGGGGGGAAAGGUGGGGCUUUGAAGGUUGCGGCUGAAAUAUUUGAGCUGACGCCAUCGUUGGUGGUGGUGGAGGUGAAGAAGAAGGCAGGGGAUAGAGGUGAGUAUGAGGACUUCUGCAAGAACCAGCUGAAGCCUUAUUUUCUGAAUUCCACAUCCCAGCAGUCGGGUGCUGAUUCUGAGUUCUGAAACUGAAUCAAGAGCUGAUCAAAAUGAAGCUCGGGAGAAGCCUCUGCAAAUCUUUUUACAGUAUAAUCUCAAAGACUUGUUUUGAACUAAAAAGUUCUUUUUUUUAUGUUCUAUAUAUUGUUUGUGUUGAUCUGCACUGUAUGUAAUUGACGUUAGGGAUUAAAUUUAAUGUUUGUUAAAUGUGUAAAUAAGCACUCCGGUCGUUUCUCUGGAGAUUAAUGAAAUUUGAAGCCUUGGAAUGUGUCUUCCUGAUCAUGGAAUGUGCUGGAAACU